UUUUUUUUUAUUUUUAUAGAACAGUAAGUUUUUUUUUUUCUUUGUAUAUACAUAUUUUUUUUGGUGCCUGUUGUGUAUGUAUACAUGCGUGUGAAAGGAAGGACAAUGACUACAGAAAGUCAGUUUCCAGCGGCGCUAUUCCUUACACAAACAUUUGGUGUUUCGAUAUUUUAACAUGUCAACACAACCUUUUUGGAGAGGAGCAAUUAAAUUAUUUUUCUUUUUUACACUUGACAUACGCACACACCCAAAAGAAAAGAAAAAAAAAUUUUUUUUUUGUUAUCCGAAAUUUUUCGAAACCCUUGUACUAAAUUCUAUUUUUUUUUUUUUCUCUCUCUCUCUCUCUCUUUUUUUUUAUUUUCUCCCUUUGUAUUUAUUUAGUAACUCCUACCUGGACCAAAAAAAAAAAAAAAAAAAAAAAAAAACAAAUUAAUUUUUUAUAAUGCAAUCCAUGCCGUAUUACCAACAAGGUGGUUACCCAACCCAGACACCCUAUCAAACACCUGGUGCACCCAACUCCAAUGUUCUUAACAACGGUGGUCCCAUGUUAAGUCACCCUAAUGGUUUACCUCCAAUGCAACAUCCCGGUAUCAUCACCUCAACAGAUCAAUCCGGAGCUGUCACACAACAACCUCCUAAGCGUAAACAGGUUAAGAAUGCAUGCACCAACUGUCAAAAAGCCUGUAAGAAAUGUGAUGAUGCAAGACCUUGUCCUCGAUGUAUUAAAUACGGUAUUGCUGAUACAUGUGUAAACUCCGUUAGAAAGGAACGUAAAAAAGGUAUUAAGCGUGGUCCUUAUAAGAGAAGACAAAAGACUGGAGAAGAGAAACCUCGCAAGGCAAUUACAGACAUGAACAACAAUACAAAUAACGAACAGAAUAACCAACCAGCUCAAUACGCACCUUCCUUGCGUGGUCCUACUAUUCCAUUCGGCUAUCCCAGUAAUUUGAAUCAGUAUGGACAACCCUAUGACCCUUACAACCAAUACGCUACCUAUCAUAAAGAGCAAAUGAUGUCUCAACCCUAUGUUGUUAACCCCGUUUAUCCUCCCAUGGGUUAUCCUGUACUUGUUCCCGGUACACCCGAAAAUGGUCAAGGAGGUAACAACGGACAACAACAACAACAGCAACAACAACAACAACAACAGCAUCAACCCCAACAACAUCCUUACCAACAGCAACAUUCUCCUAUGCCUCAACAACAUUAUACAAUGAUGCAUCAGCAACAACAACAGCAGCAACAACAACAGAGUCCUCAAACGUCUCGUCCUCCCAUGAUGCAUAACGAACAUGUGAUGCACCAACAAUCACCCGCUGGUAGUCCUCAAACUCAAGUGUAUUACCAACAACAACAGCCACAGCAGCCACAACAACAACAGCAGCAGCAUAGUCAACCUCCUUCUCAAAGAAAUAGUCCUCAUUUACCUGAUAUUAAACAUGAGGGAGGAGAGAAUUUUGUUAAGCCUCAAACCAUGACACCUGUGCCUUCUGCAUCCACAUCCACAGCCACCACAGCUUCUCCUGACUCUGGUUCUUGGGUUCCUCCUCGUUCUACUUGAUUUGCCUUUGUUUUUGUCUCUUUCACUCCAUCAUUCCUUGUUUUUUUUUUAUUAUUACUUUUUAUUAUUGCGUCUUCCCUUGCCACUUUUUUAUCUGUAAAAACAUUACACGAUUUUUUUUUUUAUAUAAACACACACCCAUUGCUUUUUUUUCACACCUUUCUUUUUUUUUUAAAAAAGAAAAUA